AAUGCAGUAAUUGACGCUAUAAACAAUAUCAACAAUAUACGUGGAUUAGCGUUCAAAUUAAAUGGGCAUAGUCACGAUAAAAAUGCCCAGUAAUCAAAGCAUUCGAUUAAGUACAACGUGCAAAUACAAUAUUAACAAAUAGCACGGCGUUGCUCUAUUUUUUCCGUAGUAGUACCGUGCGGUCGUUACACGAUUAUCCCGGUGUUUGUUCGACGACCAAAUUUCAUAAAAUACGUGGUGUUACAAUUAUUGUUUCAGUGUAUGUCAACGGCAGUUGAAAAUUUAACCAAGUAUUCAAUAAUUGGAAAUAUUUAACCAAUUUGUUCCUCUGGGAAAGCGUUUUACUUUUAAAGGUUAAAAAAACUAACCUUAAAUGUUCUCCGAAUAUACGCACCUUUGUGUUCUACGUUUGUGUUAAAAGUUGUGACCGGACGGAAAAAUUAUUUUGAAACAUGUAUUCGAUUUGCAAGAGUACGCAUCCAGCGACCGGUGUCGAACAUGCAAUAACUUGUUAUUUUUUCGAUAGAACGGAGAAAUGUUUGGUUGUCGCAGGUGCCAAUAUUAUUCGAGUAUUUCGGUUAAUUCCGGAUUCAGACAGCAGCAAACGGGAAAAAUAUUCCGAUACCAGACCACCCAAAAUGAAACUAGAAUGUUUGGGGCAGUACACACUGCAAGGUAACGUAAUGUCUCUGCAGGCAGUCCAUUUGGUUGGAUCCCAAAGAGAUUCCUUGCUUGUGAGUUUUCGGGAUGCUAAGCUUUCGGUCGUCGAGUAUGAUCUUGAUACUCAUGAGCUCAGAACUGUGUCUCUCCAUUAUUUCGAAGAGGAAGAAAUGAGAGAUGGGUGGACUCAUCACCAUCAUAUUCCAAUCGUAAGGGUCGAUCCUGAGGGAAGAUGCGCCGUCAUGUUGGUUUAUGGACGUAAAUUGGUGGUUCUGCCUUUUCGUAAAGAUCCAUCUCUGGACGAUGCAGAUCUCAUGGAUACUGCCAAAAUGACUACUCAUCACAAAACUCCGAUUUUAUCAUCUUACAUGAUCGUACUGAAAACUCUGGAAGAGAAAAUGGACAAUAUCAUUGAUUUGCAAUUUCUUUAUGGUUAUUACGAACCAACGUUACUUAUUCUAUACGAACCGGUUCGCACAUUUGCCGGACGCAUUGCUGUGAGGCAAGAUACGUGCGCUAUGGUCGCAAUUUCACUCAAUAUUCAACAAAGAGUCCAUCCAAUCAUCUGGUCUGUCUCGAAUUUACCCUUCGACUGUGUCCAAGCUGUACCUGUAAAAAAACCUCUUGGAGGCACUCUCAUCAUGGCUGUCAAUUCUUUGAUCUAUCUCAAUCAAAGUAUUCCACCUUAUGGAGUUUCACUAAAUAGUUUAAGCGACGCUAGCACCAAUUUCCCUCUCAAACCGCAGGAAGGAGUGAAAAUGAGUCUCGAAGGAGCCCAGGUGUGUUUUAUAUCGUCAGAUCGUCUCGUGAUCUCAUUAAAGAGUGGUGAACUCUACGUGUUGUCGUUAUACGCUGACAGUAUGAGAUCCGUUCGUGGUUUUCAUUUCGACAAAGCAGCUGCCAGUGUUUUGACGUCAUGCGUGUGCAUGUGCGAAGACAAUUAUCUAUUCUUGGGUUCACGUCUCGGAAACUCAUUGCUACUUCGUUUUACCGAGAAAGAGCCUGAAGCAGUUCAUCAGCCCGGGGAUGAAACCGCAAAGUCGAGUGAAGAAAUAACACUCGACGACGACAGCAGCGAUGAAAUACCUGCGAAAAAAAUGAAACAAGACUCGCUCGGCGACUGGAUGGCUUCGGAUGUUUUGGACAUCAAAGAUCCGGAAGAACUAGAAGUUUAUGGCAACGAGACGCAAACAUCAAUGCGAAUAAGCUCAUAUAUUUUCGAAGUAUGCGACAGUUUAUUGAACAUCGGACCGUGUGGUAAUAUCUCGAUGGGCGAGCCGGCUUUUCUUUCUGAAGAAUUUUCCCACUCUUCGGAUCCAGAUGUUGAAUUAGUGACGACCUCUGGUUAUGGAAAAAACGGUGCUUUGUGUGUUCUUCAACGUUCCAUACGACCACAAGUCGUCACUACAUUCGAGUUGCCCGGGUGCGAGGACAUGUGGACCGUUAUCGGCGCCCCUAACGUCGAAACUCAAACGAAAGGAGAAAACGAGGGACAGCACUCGUUUCUCAUUCUCAGUCACGAGGAUUCAACCAUGGUAUUGCAAACCGGUCAAGAAAUAAACGAAGUGGAACAGAGUGGUUUUAGCACACAAGGGACGACCAUUUUCGCCGGAAACCUCGGUGCUAAUCGUUACAUCGUUCAGGUCACACAAAUGGGGGUUCGACUGAUGCAGGGAGUUGAGCAAAUUCAACACAUGCCUAUGGAUCUUGGUUGCCCGAUAAUUCACGCUAGUUGUGCUGAUCCUUACGUUACUUUGUUGACCGAAGACGGUCAAGUUAUGUUACUCACUCUUCGAGAGGGUCGUGGAACACCGAGACUACACGCUCAACCGGCAGAGCUCCUAUUCCGACCGCAAAUAGAAGCGCUUUGCGCGUACAGAGACGUCAGUGGGAUAUUCACCAAAAAUUUGACCGGUGAAUCGGAAGUCGUUGUACCUCAAGAAGACAAAAAUCUUGAAGAACCAACGGUCAUUGGCAACGUUGACAACGAAGAUGAUUUGUUAUACGGCGAUGCACCAACUUUUCAAAUGCCCGUCAUUCAACCUCCAAAGAUUCAAGACGUUACCACAAAGAAGCAACCAUGGUGGCAAAAACACUUGCAAGAAGUUAAACCUACAUACUGGCUUCUCGUUUACCGCGACAGCGGUACGUUGGAAAUUUAUUCGCUGCCAGAUCUUCGUCUCUCUUAUCUUAUUAGAAAUUUCGGUUACGGACAGUACGUUCUUCACGACAGCAUGGAGUCGACGUCUUUGCAUACGUCUUCGGUAAACGAAAUUCCAAAUCGCGAGAUGCAGGUACGAGAAAUAUUGAUGGUCGCUCUUGGACAUCACGGUAACAGGCCCAUGUUAUUGAUACGCCUGGAUUCGGAAUUGCAAAUUUAUCAAGCGUACAAGUACCCGAAAGGCCAUUUAAAAUUACGUUUUAAGAAGCUCGAUCAUUCCAUUAUUCCUGGACAGUUGAAAGCCAAAACGAAGCAAGAAGAUGCGCCAAACGUAUCGGAGGUUCGAACGAAUAUGAUGCGAUAUUUUAGCAAUAUUGCUGGAUACAAUGGCGUAUUUAUUUGCGGUGAUUAUCCUCACUGGAUUUUCUUGACCGGGCGAGGCGAGCUGCGAACUCAUCCCAUGGGAAUCGACGGUGGCAUCAUGUCCUUCGCACCCUUCAAUAAUGUUAAUUGUCCACAGGGAUUCUUGUACUUCAAUAGAAAAGAGGAGUUGAGGAUUUGCGUUUUACCGACGCAUUUAUCCUACGACGCACCGUGGCCGGUUCGAAAAGUUCCUCUUCGAUGUACACCACAUUUCGUCACUUAUCACGUUGAGACGAAAACUUACUGCGUUAUAACAAGUACGGCCGAGCCCCUGAAAAGUUAUUACCGUUUUAAUGGUGAAGACAAGGAAUUUACGGAAGAGGAAAGACCCGAUCGGUUCAUUUUUCCCUCACAAGAAUUAUUCAGCAUCGUAUUAUUUUCUCCGGUCUCUUGGGAAACUAUACCAAACACGAAAAUUGAACUCGAUCAAUGGGAACACGUAACCUGCCUGAAAAAUGUAGCUUUGGCUUACGAGGGCACGAGAUCCGGAUUGAAGGGUUACAUCGUUCUUGGAACAAAUUAUAACUAUGGCGAAGAUAUAACUAGUCGUGGAAGGAUCCUCAUAUUCGAUAUUAUCGAAGUUGUACCUGAACCCGGUCAACCAUUGACGAAGAAUCGUUUCAAACAAAUAUACGCUAAAGAGCAGAAAGGCCCGAUAACUGCGAUAACUCAAGUGUCGGGCUUUCUUGUAUCCGCAGUUGGCCAAAAGAUUUACAUAUGGCAGCUAAAAGACAACGAUCUCGUGGGAGUCGCGUUUAUAGACACUCAAAUUUAUAUUCAUCAAAUGUUGAGCAUCAAAAGUCUGAUUCUCGUAGCAGACGUUUAUAAGUCGAUAAGUCUGUUGAGAUUUCAAGAGGAGUAUCGAACACUGUCGCUCGUCAGCAGGGAUUUUAGACCGUCCGAAGUUUACACGAUAGAGUAUUUGAUCGACAACACAAACAUGGGUUUUCUCGUUGCCGAUGGUGAAAGUAAUAUUGCUCUGUUCAUGUAUCAACCUGAAUCCCACGAAAGUCUCGGAGGCCAGAAACUCAUACGAAAAGCUGAUUUUCACUUGGGACAAAAAAUCAACACAUUUUUCAGGAUACGAUGCAAAAUUAGCGAUCCUGCGAAUGAUCGAAAACACUUUACCGGUGCUGACAGGAGGCACGUCACGAUGUAUGCUACUCUCGAUGGCAGUCUUGGCUACAUUCUGCCCGUCCAAGAAAAAACAUACCGAAGGCUUCUGAUGUUACAAAAUGUUCUUGUCAGUCACAUUUCCCAUAUCGCUGGUCUCAAUCCAAAGGCUUACAGAACAUACAAAAGCCACAUUCGGAUGCAGGGCAAUCCAGCUCGGGGUAUAAUCGACGGUGAUCUUGUAUGGCGUUAUUUACACUUACCGAACAACGAAAAGAUCGAAGUAGCCAAAAAAAUAGGGACUCGAGUGCCUGAAAUAAUCGAGGAUAUCAUAGAGAUUGACAGGCAAACGGCACAUUUUUAAUGAGAGACAAAAUGAGGCGACAAAUCCGAUCGUUCAUUUCUUUCCUCGUUACAUUCGGGAACGUGUGUAAAGAGAAAAGAAAACAAAAAAGAAUCGUCGAUUUUUUUGACUUUUCGAUCGAAUGUCAAAAUCAAUCUUUUGUACAAUAAUGUAUUUCUAAUAAGGAUCGACCACCAGAUAGUUUAACGAAAAUAUAAGUCUCAAACUGCCAA